AGAGAACAGCAGAAGUCGCAUCCAGCAACAACAGCAAAAACUGUUUCGUGCUCUUAUAGAUUCGUUCCUCUUCUCCCUCCACUUUUUUUUCUUUCCUGCGUUUGUGUGAGGGUUGACCAACAGUAAAUAAGCAUUUCCAACGACGCACAAAGAAAGAAAAAAUGAACGUGGAGCUGCGUGUUGGCAACCGCUACCGCAUCGGUCAGAAGAUCGGUUCGGGCUCCUUCGGCGAGAUCUUCCGUGGCACGAACAUCCAGACGGGCGAUCCGGUGGCCAUCAAACUGGAGCAGGUGAAGACGCGGCACCCCCAGCUGACGUAUGAGUCUCGAUUCUACCGCAUUUUGGGCAGCGGCGGCGGUGCGGUAGGCAUCCCGAUGAUGUUCUACCACGGCAUAGAAGGUGAGUUCAACGUGAUGGUGAUCGAGCUGCUUGGCCCCUCCCUAGAAGACCUCUUUUCCUUCUGCGGACGCCGUUUGUCGCUCAAGACGACGCUCAUGCUGGCCGACCAGAUGAUCAGCCGCAUUGAGUUUGUGCAUAGCAAGAGUGUGCUGCACCGCGACAUCAAGCCCGAUAAUUUCCUGAUGGGCACGGGCAAGAAAGGCCACCACGUCUACAUCAUCGACUUCGGUCUGGCCAAGAAGUACCGUGACCCGCGCACGCACGCCCACAUCCCGUACAAGGAGGGAAAGUCACUCACCGGCACGGCGCGUUACUGUAGCAUCAACACGCACAUGGGCAUCGAGCAGAGCCGCCGCGACGAUAUGGAGGGUAUCGGCUACAUCCUCAUGUACUUUCUGCGCGGCUCCCUCCCGUGGCAGGGUCUCAAGGCGCACACGAAGCAGGAGAAAUACAACCGCAUCUCCGAGCGCAAGCAGACGACGCCGGUGGAGCUGCUGUGCAAGGGCUUCCCCAGCGAGUUCGCCGCCUACAUGAACUACGUCCGCGCCCUCCGCUUCGAGGACAAGCCGGACUACUCUUACCUGAAACGCAUGUUCCGCGACCUCUUCGUGCGCGAGGGCUACCACGUCGACUACGUCUUUGAUUGGACUCUGAAGCGUAUUCACGAGAGUCUGCAGGAGCAGCAGUCCUUCCAGGGAGGCGCGAACGCGCCUACGGGUGGGACGCAGGAGAAGACGUCCCCUGCUAACCCGACCCCUCCGCAGGUGGGCGGGGUACCGAACAACGCGAGCCCCAACACGAACCCGCAGGAGCCGAAUGCGCCGGAGCAGUAG